AUGUCUGUCCCCACUGUUGCUAACGCCUCUGGAGCAGGUGUGAGUCCAGGAAUGGGCGAAGGUACUGCCGUCCAAACGACAGACCAAGUUUCGCCUUAUGUGGUCAAUGUGGCCAAGUUCUUGAGAGACAACAAGCAGCUAAAACGCAGAACAGGUUUGUUGAACAACAAGGACGACAUUGAGUUCUUCAGAUACAAGAGAUUGGUUCGUACGUUGUUGAGUGACGAGUACAAGAAGAAACAGGCCAAUCCAAAGAACGAGUUGCUUCCUAUUGAGACCGCGGAAGAUGCUGGAAGAAUGUUUAUCCAAAUGAUGCUGGGUCGUCUUCUUCUACCAGUGGAGAAAUUACAUUACAAGGAUGUUAAGGCAGUCAAGGGAUGGAAGCCAAAUAAGCAGAAGCCUACAUUGAAGCCUACGCAAAAGGCAGUGAUGGACCCAGACGCCUACUAUGCCUGGAUCUACCAGAAGCCAAACCCAUACAUGUUCUUGUACGGAUUGCUUACGCUUGCUGCUGUGUUCACUAUUAUUUUAUUCCCCUUGUGGCCUGCGUUCAUGAGACGUGGUGUAUGGUACUUGUCUAUGGGAGUGUUGGGUCUAUUAGGAUUGUUGUUUGCCACUGCCAUUGUGCGUUUGAUUAUUUUCGUCAUCACAUAUUUGGUCUUGCCUCAAGCCUUCUGGCUUUUCCCUAACUUAUUCGAGGAUUGCGGAUUCUUUGAGAGUUUCCAGCCUGCUUACGGUUGGGCCGAGCCUGCUGACGCUAAAAAGAAGAAGAAGAAGGGUAAGAAGGCCAACAAGUUCGGUGACCUCGGAUCGAAGCUUGAGGCUGCCAUUGAUGCUCACACUGCUGGUGAAAAAGAAGCUGGCGCAGACGAAGCUACUGGCGCUUCCACAGGUGCCGAAGCCUCUUCCACGCAACCCAAGAAAAGAGCCGUCACUUUGGAGGAAGUGGAAGACAAUUAG